AUGACUCCCUCGCUCCAAGACGCCAAGAUCUGCUUCAUUGGCGGCGGAAACAUGGCCGCCGCCAUCAUCGGGGGUCUCCUCUCCAAGGACAUCUCGAAGCAGAACAUCUUCGUCUCCGAGCCCUGGGAUGUGAACCGCGAAAAGAUGGCCGCCAUCGGCGUGCGCACCACAAUCUCCAACGAGGAGGCUUCUGGCGACGCCGACCUCGUCAUCCUCGCCGUCAAGCCCCAAGUCACCAAGGUCGUCUGCGAGGAGCUCGGUGCCGCCUGGGCCAAGCGCGAGAGUCUUCCCCUUGUCAUCUCCAUCUCUGCAGGCAUCACCCUGGCGAGUCUUGCUGCGUGGUUUACGCAAAACGGUCGCGCUCCUCACAUCGUGCGCGUCAUGCCCAACACCCCCGCUCUGGUCGGUGAGGGAGCUUCGGGAGUCUACGCUGGCGAGGGCGUAACGGAGGCUGAGAGGAGCUUGACCUCUGCUCUCCUGGGAAGCGUUAGCAAGGCCACUGAGUGGGUAGAUAAGGAGGAGCUGCUCGAUGUUGUCACUGGUCUUUCUGGCUCCGGUCCCGCCUACUUCUUUGCCUUCGUCGAGCACCUCAUCGCCAGCGCCACCAGCCUAGGUCUCUCCGAGGAACAGGCUACCCGCCUUGCUAAGCAGACCUGCUACGGAGCCGGCAAGAUGCUGGUCGAAUCGUCAGAUGAGCCUGCCCAGCUACGAAAAAACGUCACCAGCCCCAACGGUACCACUUACGCCGCCCUGGUAAGCUUUGAGAACGCCGGCCUGAAAGAUAUUGUGGAUGGUGCGGUCAAGGCCGCUACGGUCCGGGCUGAGGAGCUUGGGAAGAACUAA